UAUUGAUGCCAACCUUUUAGCAGUGCUGCCAAAAGUUUCUGAAUUAAGAAAACUCUUCGAACCAAACAGGCGAGAGAUCUUGGAGAUGAAAAGGAAGGAGAGGAUAGCCAGGCGUUUAGAGGGAAUUGAAAAUGAUGCCCAGCCUAUACUUACGCAAAACUGCCCUGGAUUGGUUACCCACCGUUUGCUAGAAGAAGAUACACCAAGAUAUAUGCGUGCAACAGAUCCUUAUAGCCCUCAUUUUGGAAGAUCAAAUGAAAAAGAAACCUCAGAUUCUUCACUAGAGACUCAGUCCAGACCCAGAUACCAAGCAGAAUCCACUGGAGGAAGAUCAAGGCCUUCUUAUAGUCCACUAGUCAUGGAUUCCCAUGGACUUGAAUCCAAAGCAGAAAGAAUAGCUAGAUACAAGGCAGAGAGGCGACGUCAGCUGGCUGAAAAAUAUGGCCUCUCUCUUGACUCAGAUGUGGACUCUGAAUACUUAUCCAAAUACACGAGGACAAGGAAGGAUCAAGAUGUGACUGAGAAGAGAGUCCCGAAAAGUGAGAAACAGGAGGAUGAAAGCAAAGAUCAUAGUUCUGUGUAUUCUAUGAGAAGUGAAAAUAAGGAGAUGAAGGUUGCUGCUGCUGAGUCCAAAGAGUUUUCUGAGCAUGUAAGAGAGAGCUCUCCGGAGUGGGAACAGUUGCAACUGAACGAAGAUCACGGGAGAGAAGUAUCAGAGCCCAGUUCCAGUAGACAUGAUGUAUCCUCUACGUUGGAGAAUUCCGCGCCCCUCUCGUUUCCUGGCCAUGACUCCCCUCAGAAUGAAGUGCCAAGUUCGCCAAAGCAAACGCGCAGGGUUUCCCUGUCCUCACCAAAGCAGCUAGUUUCACCAAGUCAUUCCCUCAAUGACACCAGAUUAGGUGCAGGGAAAACAAAACCUGAUUGGUUUCUUCAGAAAGAUUCGGAUGGGGAUACAGCAUCACUUAUCAACUGGCCCUCCAGAGUAAAAGUUAGAGAGAAACUGGUGAAAGAGGAAAGUGCUCGUGGAAGCCCUGAACUUCUAACGGACACUGUGUCUCAAAGAAAGACCCGACCACUGCCUGUUAAUUUCGUGCCUCUGCAGUCAGAAACGUCUGCUUUCCAUAGGGUUGCCAAUCAACCACUUGGUUUGGUCCGCCAACCAACACAUGGAUAUAUCCAGCCUGCUGGAGUUCCUCAUACAGCUAAACUGGGGGUCUCCGAAGAGCCCAAACGCAACCCUGUUAGUAGCCUUCCUUCAAUGGCAAAUGCCGGCUUUAUAACCAGAGUCCCAACAGACACGACAAUGGAUGGUGAAAAAAGUGACUUGCAUCAGAACUAUGGGUCAUCCAAGUUUGCUGUCCAUGAUUUAGAAGCCGAGCAGGAAAGACAACCAAUUUUGCCUUCGGAGAUUCGUAGGCAAGGGAAGAGUCGAGAGCGCCACUUCGAAGGAAAUGAAUGUCAGAAGCCUACAGCUGGCAAGCCAAAAUCAUUGGAACUAGAGCAGGAGCGCUUUAAGCAGUGGAUGCCUGGACCUCCAGUGAAUAUUCGUGAGAAUGUUGAAAGGAGUGAAAGAGUGAUGUAUCUACAGAGUGCUAAAGGGAAAGUUCGGGAAGAGAUUCCAUUGAAAUAUAAGCUCCUUACUCGCUCCAUGUCUGAUCAUACUGAUUCUCCUAAGCUAGAGGUUUUCAGAAGUAAGGAGCAUGUUGCAAAGAAUGCCAUGGAAUUUCAGAGCACCGAAACCAAGAUCCCCAAUGGUGAGAUUACCAUGGUUGACACAAAAGUCUCUGUUGCUCAACUUCGUAAUGCCUUUUUGGAAACUGCCAGUGCCAGCAAGAAACCUGAACUUGAAUCUCAGUGUGGGAUGCCAACAUCAGGUAGUGAUUUGUCUACCUAUGCUGAACAAGAACGAGGGUCACGAAGGCCAAGACGCUAUUUUUCUCCUGGGGAUGGUAGAAAGACCUCUGAGAGAUUUAGAACUCAACCUAUAACUUCUGCAGAGCGAAAAGAAACUGAUAGGUCCGUGUUCAGUCCAGAAAUGCCAGCUCCUGAGGAUGAGGAGAAAUUGGAUGAACGAGCCAAACUGAGUGUUGCUGCAAAGAGGUUGCUUUUCAGGGAAAUGGAAAAGUCUUUUGAUGGAAAAAGUGUUCCAAAACCUCGUUCAAGGAAUUCGGCAGUCGAAAGGAGGCUGAGGCGAAUGCAGGACAGAUCACGCACACAGCCUGUAACAACUGAGGAAGUGGUCAUUGCAGCCACUGAACCUACCCCUGCCUCAUGUACUGUGAAUACCCACACUGUAGUGGCAAGAAUACCUAAUCCCACUGUAGUUAAGAGCACUGUGCAUCCUACCAGGUUGCAAGCCUCUGCACACCAAAAGACUUUAGCGAAAGAUGAAAUAAAAGAAGCCAAAGAAGCCCUCGAACAAGAUCAGUCUGCGGAACCAGACUCUUCCACCCUGAGCCUGGCAGAGAAGAUGGCCUUAUUUAACAAACUAUCUCAGCCAAUUACAAAGACUGUCUCUACAAGGAACAGGGGGGACCUUAGACAAAGGAGAUCGAAUGUCCGUUACCAAACACAGCCUGUCACCCUCGGAGAAGUUGAGCAGGUACAAAAUGACAGUGGGACGCUUGCUCCUUUGUCUCCGACUAUUGUGACAUCGGUAUCUACUAUGAUAUCCCCCUGGUCAUCAAUAUACACGAAGGAUCUGCGUGCAAAGGCAGCGGAGGAAGAGACAGCUAGCAGGAUGAACCAAGCCGGCGUGAGAUACCAGUCAGCCGUAGAAAAUGUGGAUACUUCGUUAAAAGACGUUCUGGAAACAGAACGGUGGCAGCCUUCUGUAGCAGUGAGAGAGAGCAGUUGCCAGUUAAGGGAGCGUGAAAAGGCAGAACCCAUGGGAUUUGUAGAACGUGAAGAGAGCGGCGUGAAAACACACAGUUCCUUUGAGGAAGAGCUCCCACAUCCUGCCUCUAAUCAAACAGAGGACUACAACAAAGAGACAAAAUACGCAUUCCCACAAAAAAGCCGCAUGGAAUUGUUCAGCCCACAACCUCUUUGUCAGCCUGCAGAACAAAAGGAAGUUGUUGCCAACAUCCUGCAGGGUAAACAAGAAGUCAAAGGCCAGUCCUUUGAAGAAACGAUGGAGUUGGAGGGAGUAAUGACACCAUCCACCCCACUGAGAGAGCUCAUUGAGCCAAUUUCAGAACCCGAAAGCACAGUGACAACAAAGAGUGUUUCUCAGUCUGCAGUAUCCUGUAGGCAGCAGGAAACAUCUGAGCUGUUAGAAGGAAAGCUUGACUCUAGGGACAGCAAAACAGAAGUAACGGAGGACGCUCUUGAUGCAUCCAACAAGACUAUGUCAAUUAAAGAAAGGCUGGUUCCAAUCAGAAUGACAAGAGAUGGAAGGCUAGCCCUCCUGAAGAAGAGCGGUGAGGAAGACUGGAAAAACAGGCUGAACAAAAAGGAGUAUGGUCGAAUGUCUCUUAUUGAGCGCAGCCCUCAGCUGCAAGAGAUGGAGCAUUUGUGUACAAAGAAGGAAGAAGGAAGAGGUACAGAUGAUAAUGCCAUGUCUAAGAUGCUUUGGGAACCUGUCUAUGCUUCUACUUAUUCUCCUGCUAUAGCUGCAGCCCAUACAUUUCAUCCCUUUGUACCUAUUAAUCAGGUCAGUAGUGAUAGUUUGAGAGAACCAAGCCCCCUGGUCUUUGAACGUCACCCCUGGAGAUGGAAGAGGAUGUCGGAUAGCUCUGAAAGUCAAAUGACAAUUGAAGAAAGAAAGCACCUAAUCAGUGUCCGUGAAGAAGCUUGGAAAGCAAAGGGGAAAGGAGCCGCCAACGACUCGACACAGUUCACCGUGGCUGGCAGAAUGGUCAAGAAAGGCUUAGCUUCUCCUGCUGCCAUAACGCCAGUGGCAUCCCCCUUUUGCAACAGGCUGAAGUCAACCACACCAGUCUCCAAACCCCUGGAAGAAAUUGAAGCCAGGCCAGAUAUGCAGUUAGAAUCGGAUAUGAAGUUGGAUAAACUGGAGACUUUUUUGGGAAGGCUGAACAACAGAGUUGGCGGGAUGCAAGAGACAGUGUUGACGGUAACAGGGAAGUCAGUGAAAGAAGUGAUGAAGCUGGAUGAUGAGGAAACAUUUUCCAAAUUUUACCGCUGCAUGGAUUACCCCACUUCCUCCCUGCCUUUGGAGUUGAAUGAGGACUUUGAUGCCAUCUUUGAUCCUGAGGCCCCGAAGUUAAUUUCUUCAGUCGCAGAGCACAAACGUGCAGUGAGGCCAGUACGGAGAGUCCAGGCUUCCAGGAACCCCUUAAAAAUGCUGGCAGCAAGGGAGGACAUUCUGCAUGAGUACACGGAGCAACGGCUGAACGUGGCCUUCAUGGAGUCAAAACGAAUGAAAGUUGAAAAAAUGUCUGCAAACUCAAAUUUCUCAGAAGUAGCACUUGCUGGCUUAGCGAGUAAGGAGAACUUCAGCAAUGUUAGCCUGCGUAGUGUCAAUCUAACAGAACAGAACUCAAACAACAGUGCCGUGCCAUACAAGAAGCUGAUGCUCUUGCAGAUAAAAGGAAGAAGACAUGUUCAAACAAGAUUAGUUGAACCAAGGGCUUCGUCGCUGAACAGCGGCGACUGUUUCCUGCUACUGACUCCCCAUUGCUGCUUCAUGUGGACAGGCGAGUUUGCCAAUGUCAUAGAAAAAGCUAAGGCUUCAGAACUUGCAACAUUAAUUCAGACAAAGCGGGAACUUGGCUGCCGAGCGCCUUAUGUGCAGACCAUAGAGGAAGGCAUCAAUACUCAUACCCAUGCUGCCAAAGACUUCUGGAAACUCCUCGGUGGCCAGACAAGUUACCAGUCUGCUGGAAGACCUGAAGAAGAUGAGAUGUAUGAAGGGGCAAUAAUAGAAACCAACUGCAUUUACCGACUGGUGGAUGACAAACUUAUCCCUGAUGACGAUUAUUGGGGAAAGAUGCCAAAGUGCACACUGUUAAAUUCAAAAGAGGUCUUGGUGUUUGAUUUUGGCAGUGAAGUCUAUGUUUGGCAUGGGAAAGAGGUCACGCUGGCACAAAGAAAAGUAGCAUUCCAAUUGGCCAAACAUUUGUGGAAUGGUACCUUUGACUACGCUAACUGUGAUAUCAAUCCUCUGGAUCCUGGAGAAUGCAAUCCCCUUAUCCCAAGAAAAGGACAAGGGCGACCAGACUGGGCUAUUUUUGGUAGGCUCACAGAACAUAAUGAGACAAUAUUAUUUAAAGAAAAGUUUCUCGAUUGGACUGAACUGAAGAAACCUGUGGAGAAGAAUUCCGAAUCCUCUCAACAGAAGGAUGAAACUAGGUCUGAUGCUAAACCGUAUGACAUAAUGCAAAUGGUACCAGUGCCCCAGACAACUGUCGGGACAGUCUUAGAGGGGAUGAAUAUUGGUCGUGGCUAUGGAUUCAUUGAGGGAGACGAUGCAAGACAAUUUGAGAUUAUCACUGUCUCUGUGGAUGUCUGGCAUAUCUUGGAAUUUGAUUAUAGCAGGCUCCCUAAACAAAGCAUUGGGCAGUUUCAUGAAGGAGACACGUAUGUGGUCAAAUGGAAAUAUCUGGUGAGCACUUCAGUUGGAAGCAGGCAAAAGGGAGACCAGCAAACCAGGGUCGUUGGCAAAGAAAAAUGUGUCUAUUUCUUCUGGCAAGGGAGGCACUCCACUGUCAGUGAGAAAGGGACAUCGGCACUGAUGACUGUGGAACUGGAUGAGGAGAGGGGUGCUCAGGUGCAAGUUCUUCAAGGGAAAGAGCCGCCAUGUUUUCUCCAGUGCUUUCAAGGUGGAAUGAUCGUUCAUGCUGGAAGAAGGGAAGAGGAAGAAGAAAAUACACAGAGUGACUGGCGAUUAUACUGUGUACGAGGGGAAGUUUCCCUCGAAGGAAACUUGCUUGAAGUAGCCUGCCAUUGUAGCAGCCUCAGAUCCAGGACUUCGAUGAUUGUUCUCAACAUCAACAAAGCUCUAAUUUACCUGUGGCAUGGCUGCAAAGCCCAGCCUCACACAAAAGACGUAGGAAGAACAGCCGCCAAUAAAAUAAAAGAGCAAUGUCCGUUGGAAGCAGGACUGCACAGCAGUAGCAAGGUGACAAUACAUGAAUGUGACGAAGGGUCUGAGCCAUUGGGGUUCUGGGAUGCUUUAGGAAGGAGGGACCGGAAAGCCUAUGAUUGUAUGUUACAAGAUCCUGGGAAAUUUAACUUCACUCCCCGCCUGUUCAUCCUCGGUAGUUCAUCUGGUGAAUUCUCAGCCACUGAAUACAUAUACCCUGCUAGGGACCCCUCCGUGGUCAAUUCUAUGCCGUUUCUGCAGGAAGACCUCUACACGGCACCGCAGCCAGCCCUCUUUCUUGUUGACAAUCACCAUGAAGUGUACCUCUGGCAAGGCUGGUGGCCUGUGGAAAAUGAAAUUGCAGGAUCUGCCCGAAUCAGAUGGGCCUCGGACAGGAAAUGUGCAAUGGAGACGGUCCUCCAGUAUUGCCAAGGAAAGAAUGUGAAGAAGCCUCCUAAAUCUUACCUUAUUCACGCUGGUCUCGAGCCCCUGACUUUCACCAAUAUGUUCCCCAGCUGGGAGCACAGGGAAGACAUUGCAGAGAUCACGGAGAUGGAUGCGGAAGCUUCGAAUCAGAUAAUCCUGGUAGAGGACGUGCUGUCCAGACUCUGCAAAAAGCUGUAUCCACUGGCUGAUAUCUUGGCAAGGCCUCUCCCGGAGGGGGUAGAUCCGCUAAAACUUGAAAUUUAUCUUUCGGAUGAGGACUUUGAGACUGCAUUGCAGAUGACGAGAGAAGAAUAUAAUAGCCUGCCUUCCUGGAAACAGGUGAACCUCAAAAAGGCAAAAGGACUUUUCUGAUCAGUGCAUUGUUUGUUAUCAAGGGCUAUCGCCAGAGCCGGUCAGCAGAUCUCUGAGCAGCAGCACGGUGCGUUGGUUUGCAUCCGUUUCCAUCAAGCAAACAAGACACAGUCUGAAGUUGCUAUAUUACUUACUGCCUACUCCAAAAAUAAUGUAAUACUGUAAAUGUGAUAGAGAACUCUUUUCAAUCUCUCUCCUUUUUAGACUGCAAGAGUGGGCGAUGUUUAUGAGUCUUGGUUCUUUGUACUUUCACAGUAGGUUUCUCAGACAGCUGCUGCAACUUUCAUUUUGGCUGCAAACACUACUUGCCAUUUGAGCUGGGAAGAUGCUCUCUUUGUAAAGUAUUACUUUGUUAAAGCUGUGGAUUUUCAAAAGAGUUUAUAUUUAUAUAAAACACAUAGGAUGCGGAUGUAUUUAACAAUACAAUGUGUAUUACUCACUUUCAAGACUUUCUGUUAAGAAAGGGUUUCAGGAAAGUAGCUGGAUAAAGCACCUUUGCUUGUUCCAAGUCAGUUAAACUACCAAGACACUUUCCUCUUGAGCAUCCUGAAUGGUUUCUCUUUGCAAUGGGCAAGGUUUUUGGUCUCAGUGCUGCUUCAGGUGCUAAACUGAACCAAGUGUUUGUAUUUAUCGCCAGGGUUUCUUGAGAAACUCUCUGAAUCAAACUUUGAUAUACUUUGAUAUCCAAAAAUGUAUAGUGCCUUGUUUGUUUUUUUUGUGUACAGUUUAUAUACAAAAAUAUCAGUCUGUGUUUUGAAGAUGGCUCAGAACAGUCUCCUCUACUUUUAUAAUAGUAGAAAUUACAAAAACCAUCUCAGUUCCUAAUAACUUGCUGUAAACAUGAAAUGUCUUUUUUGAUGAAGACCUAAAGCGAAAGCUCCAGAAUAAACUCUUAGCAAUGCA